GCCAUGUUUCCACCAAGCCACCCCCUCUCGCCUAGUACUAGUCCGCUGAAUCGGGUUCAGAAAUAGUGGUAAACGGACAUACCAAAUUCUGGGACAAAUUAUCCUGUAAAUAUCUAUUUUGAAGUUCUGUGUGUUUUGUCAGGCAGGAGUUGGGGAGAGUUGCACAACCAUGUCGAAGGGAGAGACGGAGGAGCUGAUCGAGAUUGAGAUAGAUGGACAGGAGAAGCAGGAGUGUAUGGAAGAAGGGAUUGUGGAGCAGACAAUCACAACAGCUGAAUUUGUCACCCAGGCCAUCGACAUUAAUGAGCCAAUCGGGAACCUCAAAAAGCUGCUGGAGCCCCGUCUCCAGUGCUCACUGGAAGGCCAUGAGAUUUGUCUGCAAGAUAUUCAGCUGGACCCUGACCACAGCCUAUUUGACCAAGGAGUGAAGACUGAUGGGACUGUCCAGCUCAGUGUGCAGGUCAUCUCCAGACAAGGCGUGGAGCCCAAGCUGAAUAUCUUGGAGAUUGUGAAGCCGGUGGAGACAGUGGAGGUUGUGAUUGACCCCGACGCACACUCUGGGGUGGUGGAGGAGGAUCAGCUGGUAGAGGAGGGUCAGGUCAUCACCCUGGACGGCAACAAACACAUAGUGGGGGGCAUCAUCGCCGAUGAGACCUCUGAGCAGGUCACACGCUGGGCCGCUGCCCUUGAGGGUUACCGCAAAGAACAGGUCCGGCUGGGUAUCCCAUAUGACCCAGUGCAGUGGACAGCAGACCAGGUGAUCCACUGGGCGGUGUGGGUGAUGAAGGAGUUCAGCAUGGUGGACGUGGACGUAGCCAGUAUCCACAUCCCCGGUAGAGAGCUCUGCGGAUUCACCCAAGAGGACUUCUUGCAGCGUGUGCCUCACGGAGAGAUCCUCUGGAGCCACCUGGAGCUGCUGCGCAAGUACGUGCUGGCCAGCCAGGAUCAAAGUGGACAGAUAGCCACUGUCACCAUUGAUCAGCCUGUUCAGAUCAUCCCAGCCUCAGUCCAGCAAACCACCCCCACUGCCAUCAAAGUGCUGAAUAACACCGGCAAGCAGAGCAAGGUGCAGCGAGCCCCCAGGAUAUCUGGGGGAGAGGACCGCAGCUCUCCGGGGAACAGGACAGGUAAUAAUGGUCAGAUUCAGUUGUGGCAGUUUCUGCUGGAGCUCCUGACUGACAAGGACUCUCGAGACUGCAUCUCCUGGGUGGGCGACGACGGAGAGUUCAAACUGAACCAGCCUGAGCUGGUGGCACACAAGUGGGGCCAGCGCAAGAACAAGCCCACCAUGAACUACGAGAAGCUCAGCCGCGCCCUCAGGUAUUACUACGAUGGGGAUAUGAUCUGCAAGGUUCAAGGAAAGCGCUUCGUUUACAAGUUUGUGUGUGACCUAAAGACGCUGAUCGGCUACAGUGCUGGGGAGCUCAACCACCUGGUGACGGAAUGCGAGCAAAAGAAGCUGGCGCGCAUGCAGCUUCACGGCCUGAGCCAGCCUGUCACCACCGUCACCCUCGCCACCAUGCAGGGGGACAAGGACAGCAGCUGAAGGGGUUGAGAGGACAGUCUGGGGGAAAGGGAAAAGGAAAAAGAAAGGGGAUGGGGAGCAUUGAGUGGCACAGGAAAACAAAUGAAAAGCAUUAUUCCUGGACUGCUGGACAUCUUUCUAAUAAUAAUAAUAAAUAUUGAAGCUGUUUUGGCUCUUAAACAACCUCAGUAACCAAAUAGGAAAUAUUUAAGGCAUACAAAGAAUGCCACCUAGGCACACUGUUUUCCUUCUGAUAAA